AUGGCAGCGGUCAGUUAUCCGGGAUUUUCCACUGGUGGUGCUUUAUGGUUCACCGAUCUCACAUCUUGCGAUCCGUAUUGGGCUCUACCGGUGAUUUCAGCUGCCACAAUGGCUAUGGUUAUGCGAGUAGGAAUUGAGAGCGGUGCAUCGGCCGAUCAGAUGACCCCUUGGAUGCGCCUUGGAAUGCAAUAUGGAUUGCCGGUUAUUAUUCUCAUCUCUUCAAGCCAAUUUGCAUCAGGUCUUUGUGUAUAUUGGUGUGCUUCAAAUAUCGUCUCACUCUUCUACGCUGGGUUCUUCAAGGUUCCCGCAGUCAGAAAAAUGCUCAAUAUCCCCGAUGUGGUAAAAACUGAUUCGACCAGAGCGUCGGCAUUGAGCGAAGUGUGGAAGGGUUACAAAAACAAGAAACAAGUCCAACCUUCACUAAGCGAUCUGCGAAUUGAGGACGCAAAACGUUUCAAAAAAGCUGGCCAAGGAAAGCCCCGAGUG